GAGACAGGGAUUGGGAUCGAGAGAGUGAAGGAAGGAGAGAGAGAAGCUAAACAGGUGGUCUGAAAACACAGAAAACAAUGUCGCCCGGCGGGGAGAAGCGGAAAGAGCUCUAGUCCUCGCUUUUAUAAAGGAAUACUGAGGCAGCUGCGGAGCCGAACAAACAAAAACCCAUGCACCUUUUUUAUUUUCACUCGGAUUCAUCCUCCUCCUCCUCCUCCUCUCCUCGGUUUUACUCCGAGUCUGGGCAAGAUCUCGGAUACUGAACCAUGAAAGUCACGGUGUGUUUUGGCAGGACCCGGGUGGUGGUGCCGUGCGGGGAUGGAAAUAUCAAAGUCCACACACUCAUCCAGCAGGCUGUCAUGAGAUAUAAGAAGGCUAUCGCCAAGGAUGCCAGUUACUGGCUGCAGGUCCACCGGCUGGAGCACGGUGACGGCGGCAUCCUCGACCUGGAUGAUGUACUCUGCGACGUGGCCGAUGACAAAGACAGGUUGAUAGCAGUGUACGACGAACAGGAGCCCCAUCAUGGAGGCGAUGGUACCAGUGCCAGCUCCACAGGGACUCAGAGCCCCGACCUGUUUGCUGCAGACCUCAGUGCUAGCAGUGGAGCCUCGGCCUUCCAUCCCUACCAGGUCGCCAGUGAGAUCGAGGUCACGCCUUCCGCCCUGCGCACCAAUAUGCCCCUCCACGUCCGACGCAGCAGCGACCCUGCCCUGCUGACCAUCAAUGGGCCGUUUAGUGGCGGCGAGUCAAGGGGCCAAGAGGAAGAGCCGCCAUCAAGGAAGAACCCAACUCGCUGGUCCACCACUGCUGGCUUCCUGAAAGUCCGCCACUCCUCUGGCACCAACAGCCUCGAGAGGAAGGGUAAAGGUAUGGACACGUACCGCAGCCUACCACGAGAUGCAGGGACAUGGGCCAAUCAGAGAGAGUUUCAGAGAGAGACUGCCCGUUCAUCACUCAGCGCCAAUCACCCCAUGGUGGACCGCUGGCUGGAGAGACAGGAACAGGAGGAAGAGUCGAGAGGAGAAGAAAACGGCCGGAUCGAGCCGGUUGGCCGAGCGGACUCCUGCAUGGACCACACCCCUGUGAGGUCACUAGAAGACAUAGUCAAACUGGUGGAGGUGUCAAACGACGGUGGGCCCCUGGGAAUCCACGUGGUGCCUUUCAGUGGCAGGGACCGCAGGACUCUUGGCUUGUUGGUCAAGCGUCUGGAGAGAGGAGGCAAGGCUGAGCAGCAGGGCCUCUUCCAGGAGAAUGACUGUAUCGUCCGUAUCAAUAACGGAGACCUGAGAAACAUCCGCUUUGAACAAGCCCAGAAUAUGUUCCGUCAGGCCAUGCGAUCUCCUGUCAUCAUGUUCCAUGUGGUGCCAUCAUCGAUGAAAACCCACUACGAGCAGCUUUCCCACGCUGAGAGGAACCCGGCGUACGCCUCGGGCCGUUUCAGUCCUGACUCCAUGACCGGCAGCAUCGUCUCCGGCAUGGACCACACCCCGCAGAGGAUGUCCCGACACGGUUCGCAAACUCACCCGCACUCCCAUCCGCAUCCUCAUUCCCAUGGUCACCCAGACCAGACAGACCCUCCUCUGACUCACCCGGCGGUCUCUGCAGCCAAACCUCCAACAGGACACACCCACUCUCCUCAGAGGGGGCUAAACUCGACGCCACCAGGAGGAUAUACCAAAAAGGUUGGGAGGAGGCUCAACAUCCAGCUAAAGAAAGGCCCUGAGGGACUCGGCUUCAGUAUAACGUCACGGGACGUUCCCAUCGGCGGCUCGGCACCCAUCUACGUGAAGAAUAUUCUGCCUCGGGGAGCUGCCAUCCAAGAUGGCCGCCUCAAGGCAGGAGACAGGCUGCUGGAGGUGAAUGGAGUGGACCUGAAUGGGCGGACCCAGGAGGAGGUGGUGUCUCUGCUCAGGGCCACGCCCAUGGGCGGGGCUGUUGGGCUGCUGGUUCUACGGCAGGAGGACACUUUCCUCCCACGAGAAGUGAAUGCUGAGCCCCAGGUGCAAUGCCCCAGAGAUUUGCAUCCGAGGCAGCCUGUGACAGCCGGGAAACCCCAUUGGCUGAUUGAGAAGACAGAGGAGGACGACUUGGUCCUGACUCCAGACGGGACCAGAGAGUUCCUGACCUUUGAGAUCCCCCUCAGUGACUCAGGUUCAGCUGGGUUGGGUGUGAGUGUCAAAGGUAAUCGCUCCAAGGAGAACCACGCUGACCUGGGCAUCUUCGUCAAAUCGAUUAUUAAUGGAGGGGCAGCCUGCAAGGACGGGCGGCUUCGAGUGAAUGACCAGUUGAUAGCUGUCAAUGGAGAGUCGCUAUUGGGCAAAACCAACCAUGACGCCAUGGAGACGCUGCGCAAAUCCAUGUCAACGGAAGGCAACAAACGUGGGAUGAUCCAGCUCAUUGUGGCCAGACGAGUGGCCAAAGGAAAUCAGGAGGCACCAGGGAGCCCGCUGGGACCUCAGACUUUGAACACCUCUCUGGAUGAUCACGAGCGCCGAAUCUCCCACUCUUUGUACGGUGGCCUGGAGGGCCUCGAUGACAACUUGAUGCCACGGCAAGGCAUGAUGCCUCGCACAAUAGGAAACUAUCAGCUCUCACCGACCGUCAACAUGCCGCAGGAUGACACUGUGAUCAUAGAGGAUGACCGGCAGCCCCUCUUCCCACCCCACCUCUCUGACCAGUCAUCAUCCAGCUCCCACGACGAUGUGGCUUUCACUGCUGAUGUGACGCCGCCGUGGGCCAAAGAGCUGCCCAGUCAGAUUGAAAGCUCCCUGAGUCCAGAUGAAAAUCAUCCAGACGCCGCUUUCCAGAGGGAAGGCUUUGGACGCCAGAGCAUGUCAGAGAAGCGCACCAAGCAGUUUGGAGACGCAACUCAGCUCGAGAUCAUCAAGACACGCAAGUCCAAGAGCAUGGAUCUAGUAGCCGACGAGAUUAACCUCACCCCUCGUCCCGAGACCAACACAGGUUCUUCCACAAAAGAUGUGGGACCAUCACUAGGCUUAAAGAAGUCCAGCUCUCUCGAGAGCCUCCAGACGGCUGUUGCCGAGGUAACCCUCAAUGGGGACCUCCCCUUCCACAGGCCGCGACCCCGUAUAAUCAGGGGGCGGGGCUGCAACGAGAGCUUCAGAGCAGCCAUCGACAAAUCCUACGACCGACCAGCUGCAACGGAAGAAGAUGAUGAGGGCAUGGAGACAUUGGAGGAGGACACAGAGGAGAGUUCACGAUCAGGGAGAGAUUCUGUGUCCACUGUGGCCGACCAGACCCCGCUGUCCGGCUCUGAAAAACCCCUGGUCAACGGCACUAAUCGCACCAAAGAGGAGAAGAAGAAAGACAAAGACAAGGGAGGGAAGGAGAAGAAGAAGCCAGAUGGAGGGAAGGAGAAAGACAAGGGAAAAGCCAAGAAGGGCAUGCUGAAAGGACUCGGGGACAUGUUCAGAUUUGGAAAGCACCGUAAGGACGAGCGGCAGGGAGAAAAGAUGGAUCGGAAAGGCUCCAGCAAGUGGAAGCUGGAGGAGACACAGGUUUCCGAGGAGGAGACGAUGAAGAUGAGGAUGGAGCAGGAGAGGAUCCAGGCCAAGACCAGGGAGCUGAGGGAGCGUCAGGCUAGGGAACGGGACUACGCCGAAAUCCUGGACAUAAGCCGCACGCCGGAGCGGUCCUCUGAGGAGGAGCACACAUAUGCAGGCAUCAACCCCCUGAACAGCUCUGUGGACAGUGGGCAUAGCAGGCCCCACAGCCCCCGGGACGAUUACCCCCACAUUCAUCCGCACCAGCACUCAGAUUCCCUCUACACCCAAGUCAGCAAGGCCCGCAACGACAGGCCUCCGUCUGCAGACAGUAACCGGCUAGCCCCUAGCAACCACGACCGGAUACAGAGGCUGAGGCAGGAGUUCCAGCAGUCCCAGAACGUCCCUGACGACCCGGACGACCGUAGGAGGACCUACAGCUUCGAGCAGCCGUGGUCAAACACCAGCAGCAAUGGUCCGGGUGGGUACAGCCAACCGGGUCGCCACUCGGUGUCGGUCGAGGUUCAGAUGCAAAGGCAGAGACAGGAGGAGAGAGACUCGUUCGCCCAGGCACAGCGGCAGUACAGCUCCCUGCCACGGCAACCCAGGAAGAAUCCCAGCUCCAUCUCCCAGGACUCCUGGGAUAAGGCAUACCCACCUGGCGAGGGCUUCCAGACAGCAAAGGACAACCCCCGGUACUCCAGCUACCAGGGCUCCAGGAACGGCUACCCGGGCGGCGUUGGGGUCAACGCCAGAGUCCUUCUGGAAGCCCAGGAGCUGCUGAGGCAGGAGCAGAGGCGCAGAGAGCAGGAAGCCAAAGGGAAGUUAAUGCAGGAGAGCACCAGUAACAGCAGCUAUGAGGGGUACUCCACAAUGCACCUGAAGGACCCAGCCUCCCCCAAGGGCCCGUACCGCCACGAUGUGCCACCUUCGCCUUCCCAGUUAGCAAGGCUUAAUAGAUUGGGGUCAGAGAAAGGAAGACUUUUUUAUUCUUGAUGAGUAUUAUUGGACUGAUGGAUGAAGAGCGGAACAGAGAACUUAAGUUUUAAGAGCAAAGGGGGUUUCCUUAAAGAAACCGCAAAAGUGGACGCUACAAAUCUUGACAAAGGGACAACCUUAGAGGUCUUAUAGCUUAGCAAUGAUCCUAGAGGUAAACAGUUGUGAAGUGUACUCAGUAUGUGGGUGUUUGUGUUCAAUCCCUCGCUGUGCCGAUGACCUAUACCAGUAGUCACUCAGUCCCUCCUACAAACACGAGACACUCAGUGCCUUCUCUGCAUUCACAAACACGAUGCUUGUUCACAGUCGUUCAGGACUCUGAUUCAUCGAGUUCUGGCACUGUCACGGACCGACAAUCAAAUGGGCAGACAGGCAAGUGAGUGGGUGUUCUUCUGAGCCCCGGGGGAGGCGUAAGUUUCUGUGUGGGUUUGUGUGCGGAGAGGUACAUGUUUCACAGUCAAGUGUGCCGUGACUUUACAAAAUGUCCCAUGGAUGACUCUUCCCAUCGGUCACAAAUCACCCUUUCUUCGCUUCACUAAAGUUAACAUUCAACCCCUACCGACGCUGCUGGCGUUUCUCUGCAAUCUGUUUUUUUUUUUUCUACUUCCAGUGUUUUCUCCUCAGCGAUCGAGCUCUCUCACUCGAGCACUCCCCGGGGAGCAGAGAAAACAAGGCAAAGUGUAUGAAAGAAGCAGGGCACGGUGUGUGAGUUAUUAAUAAAAAAGCCCCCCUCAUAAAUGAUUCAUAUCGUGUGUUAUCUCUGUGGAGGAGACCCAGGCAGAGAGGGAAGACAGCUCUGAUCCUUUGCCUGGCCCCCCUGCGCCGCCCUGGGCUUGAUUCGCUGGCCCGCCUGCCUGUCUGUCUGGAGCUCUGGCGCCCAUCCUCUCGUUGUUCUCGUCGUCUCUCUGUUCAUUACCUUUCUUUCUUUCUUCUACCUCAACACCACCUUUAUCCUCCUCUUCCACUCCCCUCCUUGCUCAUCUCCCACCUUCCUCUCAUCUCAUUUCACCGCUCCCCUUCCCGUAAGUCUUCCUCCUGCUACCCACUACCACCCUCCUCCUCGUCUCCCGAGUCAGGCUCUGCACUGAAUUUUUCAUCAAUAGCCACCUGCUGCCUGCCAGAGCCAAAGAACGCUGCCACCAGAGGCACCGACAGAGGGCCCGGCUUCUGACAUAAAGAGAGGAAUAAAAGCAAAAGAAAAAGAGCCAGAAUGUAGAUGGAUAAAGAGACAAUGAGCCUCCCAGCGUGAGAUUAGCUGGGGAUUUUCUCCUGUUUUUAACAAAAGGCAAAAUUGGCCUCCAGAGUUAAUUGCUUUCAAUUACUGUAAUUGCUUUCUGCAUUUUUACCAUUUAAGCAUUUAGCUGACACUUCUCCAGAAUUCACAGAAAUGUUUCUUUGAACUACUUUCUUCCAAAGAACUUGUAUGAAAACAUCUCACUAUGUCACAGUCUGUGAAUUAUCCACAGUAAAGGCCUGGUCACACUAGAAAGUGCCACUAGUCAGACACAUGUACGGUCACAAUAGAGUUCGCUAUGUGUCAGUCAGCAGACUCAUUAGCUCAGGACAGGACAGUUAGUUCAAAUAGUUUAUUCUUUAAUACAUAUUUGUACCGUCGACCCUCUUUAACCAUGCGUCUUUUGCGGAGCAGUUUAUACACCACCAGAGGAGGAUUAUACAAAAACAGAUGGUGCAGUUCAACUAUUUAGUGAUAGCUUCUUUCAUUCUGGACUCUGCAGCUUUCCAUUUCCUCAAAGGUCAGUACUGUCGAGACAGAUUGUUAAUGGUCAACAGUGGAAUUUGCCUGCCUAAAGUUGAACUUGAUCCUAAAGUUUCAUGUAGAUUUACUUCGCCUAGUGAGCACAUCUACAGAUUGUGGCGAUUCCGUUGACAUGAAUAGAUUUUCCUGACAUGCUCGUCUGACUGGGCCUUAAGCAGGACAUUGUUUUGGUAAGAGAUGUUGCUGAGGAGAUGUUGAUUUAUUUUAAACGUACUUUUCAAAGGCUGUGAGGACCACAAAUGAAAUUGCAUUUACCUCCAUUGUAUUUGGAUGGAGACAGAAUCUGAAAACCUGGACAAAUUUAACCAAAACUAGCUGCAUGACUACAUAGCACUAGAGGUAAAUCGUUUUGGUUUUGUUUUGGGGUUUUUUUGUAUUUUGGGUUAAAAACCAUUUAAACCAGUGACAUUUGUGAUUAUGAAUCACGCUAGCCCAAUGGCUUGUUCCAUUAUGACCUGAGAGUAUUUACAUUUUCAUUCCAAUCAAACUCUACAGCAGCUGAAUUGUAUUUAUUUUUUUUCAUCCAGAGAGGAGGAACUAAUCAGUCAAACUAGCCGCUAUAGUUGUGGGUUGGAAAGAAGACCUUGGGCGUUGAUGACACAUGCAGAAAAAUCCCUGCCGCAGCCCACCAGCUCACUGCUAUAAUUGUUGCAGUAGGUGGCAACCAAUCCUCUUAGUCUGUACCUACCCUCCUUUGACAUCACUAAUGUUUGUGAAAUGAUUGUCUCUGCCUGCAUGUGAACAAAUGAGACCUAGCUGAGGUCGAACUUUAAACAAAAGGGAAAUGCACAAAAAAAAUCAUCAAGCUGUGGAAAACAAACAGGCAGCACGUAAUUGCCCUUCACUCCCCCACACUCUCCAUAUGCAGAGGGAAGCUGCAUGAUAUACAUUAUCUCCUGUCGGUUAAUGAAGGCCCUUGCUGGGGAAAGAUACAGGCUUACUACGGGUAAUAAAUGAUGAACGAAAAAGUAAGACGAUGAAGAAAAAAGCCCUUUUCGAUGGCAUUAUUCCAGUGUAUAGACCUGUAUUUUAACCUGAGGAAAGUUCACGAUACUACUCUGUUUUAAGCUAACGAAAAUGUCCCUUCUGCAUUAUGUAUGUUACAUGGGUGUAACAACACAAACAGACUAUGGCCUCUUGCCAAUGUGUUGUUAAAUCCACGUGUCCCGUUACCAAAUAAGAUACAAACUGUGUAGGUGAAGUUAAACUCCACUCUGAAUGGUUUUUUGUACAAAAAAGUGUUUGGUUGUAGUGGCCAGCACUUCCUGCUGUGAACACUAGUGUGUCUGGAAAUGCAGUCUAGCGCAUUUAGAAGGAUGUAUUUGACCUGUGCUCUACAUGUCAUGGACUUUUACUGUUCAGCUGUCCAGUUACAGGGUCCGGUGUUGAUAAGUGCCUGAGAUAAUAUCAUAAUAUUUUACACAACUAGGGACACAAUGUGAUUUGUUUAACAGAGACACUAUAGCACACAAACUACAGUGUGUUUUUAAAACAUUUUUCAUCAUAUUAAAAUGUGUUUUGAGGUACUCCUUCCUGAACCUUUUUGAUUUUAUUUUAUUUACAAGAGCCAACACUUACAAGCAGUUAUCAGUCUACUUGUAUCCCAUUUGACAUUGCCUUCAACCAUGCUGUACAAUGAUGUGUUUUAAAGUAUAAAAAAUAAUUGGAAGCUAAUGGAAGCUUGGAUGUGCAAUGGUUUAGUUUUGGUUUUGUUUUUUUCCAGAAAACUUUUACAUGAUAUAUUAAGAAAUGUAAACAGCCACUUUUCCUGUACAUAUCAAAUUUAGAAUAAAACGGAAGGCUGUUCCAUCCUGUUUACAACCUC